AUGGCGUCGGCGGGAAAGAAGCUCCGGGGACACGAGCUGUUAAAUCGGAUAUGCGACCACUUCGAUAAAAAGGAAGCAAUCAAGAUGCGAUUUUGCCAAAAUCACGAUCGGAUCGAUCCUUCGAUUAUCCCCAUCGAGGUGUCUCACUUUGGCUUCCACACGAGACAGGCUAAAGAGGCUGUCGACGCGGUGCUUUUGAAACAACGACGCCUCGUUGGCAAGAGCGUCCCUGCCCAACCAUCGAGACUCGACCGUCGGACAGUAUCCACUGCCUUCAUGCAGGCGAUCUCUUGCUCUCCAAAUCGCCCUGCAACGAAGGGCCAGGCAAAGAGAGGGAGUCGGUCUCGACUUUCGGGAAAAGGUCUGUAUCGAGAGCACGUGGAAUAUACGCGCGCAAUCGCGCCCAUUUCCUUCUUGGCAACCGACACGGGAAGGGAUUUCGAAUUUCCCGUGUUGAACAGUGCCAGAAAAGAACCCUGCAGGUGUUGA